AUGGGGAUGACGAGAUCCGAUCAAUCGAAGACCCCGACUACUACUUCAAGUUCUUCAUCGACCGCAACCCGCGCGUUUGCGCCCGCCAGCGCUUUGACUUCAAUCGUACGUGCCAUGGAGGACGAGAUUCAUUCCCGGCUCGAGAAACAAGGUCUUCAAAAAGUCCUGCUGCCUCUGGGUGCCACGCUUACCGACCGCCACGUGCCGAUUUUCGCGACUCCAGACCUGAAGAGCAAAUCUCGCAUCGUCGUCAUCUUCGGAGAGCCGUCCCAGGACCUAGGGGUCAUUGCAGGACGAAUCGCCAACGGCCCUGGUGGUAUCGACCAAGGCAGCAUGGUUUCCGUUGUUCGGAAACUGCAGGCCCAGGAUUCGUCGACCACCGACCCCUCCUCUCCGGGCAUCGUGAUCGCCAACCCUGGCCAGCUAUACUGGUGGCCUGAGGGAAAGCGAACCCUUACGGUCACGGCUAGUGAUGCGAUUCCGCUACCUAGCCUUGUGCACUACGGCCGUGUGCACAUGGCUGAGCUGAACAACAUCCCCGGAAACGAGAGCCGAGCCAACCAUAUCCGCUACGUCUGGGACGUAGUCUUGCAGACGAUGUCAAACGACGAUGCUAAGAUCAGCAUAAUUGCCAUCGGCGAGACGUGCGAGACUGUCACAGGAUAUCUGAACGAUGCCAAGAACUGGAAUCGCUGGGCCGGCAGGGUCAGCUCUAUGCUUCUGCUCGGCCACGUUUAUCCCAGUGACAAUCUCACGAACGAGUCCUUCAAAGAGUUCCUCAGAACCCGAGCCUACAUCGUUUCGAACGAGCCUCUCGAUACAGGACUCGCCACUCCGGAUGGCAACCCAGACGAAUGCAUUCCCAAUCUCGGCUGUCCUUGCUACUCGUCCUCGGAGCCAUGCUACUCGGAACUGAUCGUCAUCCGCGCGCUGCCGUCGAUUCUCGAUUACAUGGAGCUCGUUGCGAAGACGCCGAGCUUUGAGAACCCCCCGGUGGACGUGAUUGUGCGCCCGCAGGAAGAAGAGGUCGAGGUGGAGGAUGAAUGGGGCAAGAUCCCGGACGAGGAGAAGCCGUCGAUUUCGGUGGUGGACCAAGAGCAGAUGCUCCAACAAGUGAAAGAGCUUGAGCUGGAGGAGAAGCGCGGAGGGGACUCUGCACAUGUUUCGGACUGA